AUGGGACGAAACCGAGAAAACGCCAGCCGAGAAUUUUUUAAAUAUAAUAAAACGGACAAUAAAAGUACUUGUAAUAUUUGUAAAGCUGUUAUAAAAAGAGAUCAUGCUGCCAACUUGGAACGUCAUUUGAAACGUAACCAUAAUGAGGAGUUUGAAAGUGUUCAGCAAAGAAAAAAGUUAAAAUAUAUUGUUAUAACCGUGCUACCGAACGCACUAGAUUCUAGCGUAUUCUGGAAUGUUCUAGUGACUGGAGCAUUCUUGAGUAUGCUAGAAUCGGACCAUCUGGAAGAAUCUAGAAACGACGCUUGCGAAGAGUAUAUAAGCGCACGUCGCAGGAAGAUUAGUGAUAUUCGUGAUUAG